ACAUUCAGUUCUUGGACCGGCUCACCCUUCUCAACCCCAAAUUUCUACCUUUUCAACAACCCUCCUCUUAACCCCUUUCAUAUAUAUACAUCAACGCUGUUCUUCACUUGUUAUCUUAACCCUAAAGCUUAUCUGCGUCCAGCGGCUGCUAUCAGGAAGUUGAAACUUGUAACUUGAUCAGUGGAAGAUAUAACUGCCUUAUCAAAGUAUGGUCCUCUGUGAAGACAUGAUGCAUAAAAAUGGAAACUAUCAUUGUGAAUCAGGUGUUAUGGAGGAGACUGGACAACAAAGUCUCGUAGAUCUUAAUCUGGAGUUAGUGCUUCCUAAAAUAGGAGAGGAUGGGAGCUACUAUGACUGUGUUGUUUGUGACGAUGGAGGAGAUCUGUUAUGUUGUGAUAUUUGCCCAAAUGUUUAUCAUCUAAUGUGCCUCAACCCGCCUCUAGAGCAUGUUCCUUUGGGAGAGUGGCGAUGCUCAAACUGCAAGGAGAGUAAUCCUUCAGUAUAUGCUGAUGAUAAAAUAGAGCAGGAUGUCAAAAUCUCGAAAAUGGGAAAGGCGACUAUUGCACCUCUUAAUGGGGAUGGUGUUGAUGAAGCCUGUCUGAGUAGAAAAGAGGAGUCAUGCAGUGAACUGGAACAUCUUAAAGUUUAUAGAAGAAACAGGUUCAAGAUGCAAGCUAGGAAAGAAGAGGAUGAUGUUAAAAAGAAUAAGAGUGAAGCAAAUGAGGCAAGAAAUCUUCUCGCUGAAGAAGUAACUGGGAGUCUUCCGAACCUUUCAAACAUGAAUACUACCACAUCGAAGCUUGAUAAGCCAACAGGAAAGAAGGACAAGGGCGAGAUCAUGCCUCUUGAUUUUCUUGCUGAUGUCUGCACAAACUCUAGCUUCAAAAAUAUAUGUGAAACGUCUUCCAUCAAAAAAGCAUUUGAAACCAAUAAGAAAUCUGUUAAUAUGCACAAGAAAAGUGAACAGAGAAAACCUUCCCAGUUCGCUGUGCAAUAUUUGGAAACCAAGACGACUCCAACUUCCUUAGCAAAGAGGCGGAGAUUUGAAAGACAGAAUGGUCAAUCUGAAAUUGUUCAGGUCCCUUGUUCAGAUAGCUCGUCCCUACUGUCUAAGAAACUGGCAUCUCAAGAUCCCGAUACUGGCAAGGAUGAAUCAGAACUUACUCUUAAAGACUUGGUUAAUAAAAGAAAGGGCACCAUAAGGAAAGAAUGACCAAGAUUUUAAUUUAUUUGUUAAAUUACCAGAUUGUGGCAUCAUCUUUAUAUCCUGUCAACUUGGAUGAAGAUUUUUUAUGGUUCUUGUUGGAUUUGAUCUUAGACUGUGCUUGGAACUGUAAAAUCGGAUUUCAAUUCAAACUCUAAUUCUAUGAA